CUCUCUCUUCCACAUUUACGCUCCCUUUUUCAUCAUCAAGUACUUGCUGAUAUCAUAUAGGCACCGAAGAACAGCCUUUUUCCUUUGCUUUUCCUAUGGCCUAAAACUUCUCUGCUUUAUUUCACUUCAACGUGUAUACAUAACCUCAAAGUCUGUUCCAUUCAACAGUAGUACGCUCAUUGUUUCCGAGUGUAACUACGUUGUGCUGUAAAGAUAUGGGAAACUGCCAAGCAGCUGAAGCAGCAACCGUGGUUAUUCACCACCCAGGGAACAAGAUCGAGAGGAUUUACCACCCUGUUAGUGUCAAUGAAAUCAUGACCUCAAAUCCAGGGCAUUACAUUGCACUUGUGCUAACCUCGCCCACGUCGAAAAACCAACAUGGGAUGCCUUUGAAGCAACUCAAGCUUUUAAAACCAGAUGACACACUAUUAAUCGGCCAUGUCUAUCGACUCAUUAGCUUUGACGUAGAUGUUAUGAAAGAGUUUGCGGCAAAGAAGUGCGCGAAGCUUGGGAAACUGUUGAAAGAAAGAGGAGGGAUUGGGGUUGGGAUGGAGUUGAAGAGAAAGGAUUUGCCAAAUGCUUCCGAUCUGAAACCCAAACUGAAUCCCAAAUCUGGGAACUGCAGUUCGGUUAUUGAGGUGAAGCAGGAAGUUAACAGACAGGGAAGCAGUGGUGGCAGCAGAAGUAGGUAUAUGGGAAGGCAUCAUGGUGGAGGUGGUGCUGGGGGUGGGGGGCAAUGGAGGCCAGCUUUGCAGAGCAUUGCAGAGAUUGGGACUUGAACUCAAAUAGCUUUCAUAUCUCUAUUCCAGGACCAUUGCAGGCUUUCCCCUUUGUCAUUUCUCUCCUCAGUCCCAACUCCCCUACAACCAAUAAAAAGCAAGCAAACAACUAUAUAAAGCCAUAGACAUAACAAUCCAUCCUUUCACUCUUCCCAAUGCCUUCCUAGUAUUUAUGUUUUGAUGUAAAACCAUAUUAAUCACUUAGAACAUCAAUGAAUGUAAUGAACCACUUUCUAUCUCAACAUCGAAACUCAAUAUUUCCAA